AUGCAGAACCCUAGCCCGACGGACACAAGCGGCGACGUUUUUAUCGGCUCGGAAAAGCACGAGCCCUCCUUCGGGUCCCCAAAACCAUUCCACGAGCAACCAUUCCACGAGCAAAACAGAGCUGGAGUAAUUAUCAAGCAGGCCAGGCACUGCUUCAAAAGGAGGGGUGGUCACGUGGCAUCAAAGCGAGUGAUAGGAAUGUCAACGAAUCUGUUGGGGGGAUUGGAUUGGGUGAUUCGUACCCUCUAUACCACCACGGCGCUGGUGGUGAUUGAGCUCUUUUGCCCUAGUGGCCUAAUAGGUUAUGAGCCCGUGCACCCAGGAAGACCCCAGGCCACCAAGGACCAAUGGCAGUACUCCUUGAGGGUAGAGAACUUGAGAAUUCAAAGAAAUGAAGAUAAAAUUAUUGAUGAAAUUGAAUAUGAAAUAAAGCAAUAUCAGUGUAAGGCGAAGCCGUACGAAGAAGCUCUUGGGCAUGCUAUUCUUAUUCUUUAUCGUCGUAACUCUAAGAUAUGCUGUGCAAGCGGAAACAAGCAGGAGCUACCUUUCCUCUAUCUUUCUUCUAUCUAUAUGACCUGCUUGGCUUCACCAUAUGGGCUACUAGUCCUAGACACCAACGUAGAGGUGCAGAUCAUGUCUAGGUGUCAUACACAGACUCCCUGUGAGCAGCUGCUGUUCAGAGGGACCCCUCAUCCGCCGUUGAGGGCCAUCCUCCUCAUCAUCAUCAUCCACAAUCUCUAUCACCUCCACCCCUUCCCCAUCUCGUACGGAGCAGCGAAUGGCAUGAUCACGCCAUUUGCAGUUGCCACAAGCUCCACCAAAGUGGCCAGGCAGGCGACGGCAUUCUGGGAAUGGCCGAAGACCUGGAUGAGCACUCCGGCAGGCAAGGCAUGCAUGUGGCUCCGUCCGGCCGCGAGAUUGAAUGAGAAUGGCAUUGAUGUACGAUGGCCGGUGGCUUCGAACCUGCAGCUCUGUCAUGCUGCCUCAUACAAAGGGUACAUCUUGCCCUGGGAGAGCCAGGACUGCCCUGGAUUGUGGACUGUGGGUGAAGGGACUCAGCUGUUGAUCAGCCACGAAGAGGAUGCGAUGGGGGCCCUGAGGGCCAGAAAGACCGAGGAGGGAGAGAGCUCUAUAUUGUAUGGAGAAGAGGGCAGUUAG